CGAUGCAUUAUGGGAUAUGGGUGAUUGACACGGCGGCCAUUUUCCCGCUGGACGCUUUGCUCCCAUUGUGUGAUCGAGACAGUAAAUACUGACACGGUCAGACAAGCUAAACGUUUAUUUCAUCCUUUGUUCCUGCACUAAAGGAGGUGACCUUAAGGUGCCAUGGCUCGUACCAAGCAGACCGCCCGUAAGUCAACUGGAGGCAAGGCCCCGCGUAAGCAGCUGGCCACCAAAGCCGCCCGCAAGAGUGCCCCCUCUACUGGUGGGGUCAAGAAGCCUCAUCGCUACAGGCCCGGAACCGUCGCCUUGCGUGAGAUCCGUCGGUACCAGAAGUCCACAGAGUUGCUGAUCCGCAAGCUGCCUUUCCAGCGGCUGGUGAGAGAGAUUGCUCAGGACUUCAAGACCGACCUGCGCUUCCAGAGUGCUGCCAUUGGGGCUCUGCAGGAGGCCAGCGAGGCGUACCUGGUGGGCCUGUUUGAGGACACCAACCUGUGCGCCAUCCAUGCCAAGCGUGUCACCAUCAUGCCCAAAGACAUCCAGCUGGCCCGUCGUAUCCGCGGGGAGCGCGCUUAAAGCCUCCCAGCUUGGUUCUCCUCCUUUCCUCCUCCACGAUGUCUGUCUUCCCCUCCCUUUCUCAAAGCUCCACUCUCCUCUUCUGUUUGUAGUGCUUAGAUUAACAAUGAUUAUGAUGACAACGUGUGUAAUUGUGUCUUUCUUAGUGCUGUCGGCAGCAGACCUUUAGGGUACCUUUUUGUGCAUGUACCAGCUUAGUGCUGAUCAGACACACAUUCUCACAAGAAUAUCGAAACAACUGGUUCCCGGGUUAGGAAGCCUGUCUCUGGUCAGGGAGAGUUCAUGAGGUCAGCUCUUAAAAAUAAUGGAGGUGCACUGUGGUACCUGGGUGACAGAUGGGCUCCCAGCUGGGUGGGUGAAGCCGCAGAAAGGUGGAUGAGGCAGGAGGGUGAUGCCCGGGUUGAUCUGCUGGGGGGCUGUGGGGGGGAGGGAGUGAUUGUUCCCGCAGCAGGGUGCUAACACUGCCCAGUGCUCAUCUCCUGUUCCAUACUACCCCAAGUGAGUAUUCAACAUAACGAUGAUGGAGAAAUUAUAUAAUGGAUUUAAUAGUGCCUGAGGGGGUGAUGAUGUGCAGUCUUUGUGUGUUUGUGUCUGCUGAUCAGCACAGCAAAUUAUAUUCAUCUACAAGCAUCACUUGGUAGAGCAUAUGUUUAUUACAAUAUUGAUGAUUACUCUUAUUGUUAUGAUGUCUAUCCUUUUUUUUAAUGCAUACAUGUCUUUUCAUAGCUGCGGAAAAUACUUUUUAAAGAAAAAAACAGCAAUAUGGUAUUUUACUGAAACAAAAAUGUUAUCAUAAAUUUAAGCUAUUGAUUUACACUGGCCACUAUUAUAGGGGGAUAUGCCCUUGGUUUUUAUUUUUUAUCUUUUUUGCCUUCAUUUUUCUCCUUUCUCUGUUCCUGAUCCAAAAUUGGCUUGGAAGGCAUGACCAGUGUUAUGCCAAAGCAUCGGCAUGCCUGUAGCAAAGAGGCUUCUUCUCAUCACAGUUACUCCAUAAACAUGCAUAUUUACGCGGAGAUUAGACCGUCACUGCUGCCAGAACUUAUAAGAUGUCAUUUCAUUAUCAAGUAGCGACAAGUUACUACAGCAUGUUGAAAAGUGUGCUUUUAGAGCCGCUGUGAAUUUUGUGAGUAGGAUAAUAAAAGUUUGAAUUCAGUUGAAUAGGGUCCCUAUUUCCUUCCCCUGGAUUCCAACCUUACAACCUCCCCCCUGGUAACGUGUUUCCCCUUUUUCUCAGGUUGUGGUGACUCAUCACUUUCGCAUUAUGACUUUUGAUUGAAACUUGUCCAGAUGUUAAAUUAAGCCGAUCUUUGUAAUUAUCAGAUUUCUCAUAUUAAGAUGGUAAUAAAUGUUACACAUAC